AUGCAAAGCCCUAUUGGGCAGUAUGCUGCUCCGUCCUGUGAUGUUGUGGCCCAAUCUGGCCGACUCAAAUGGUACUGCAACGAAAUUCUCAGAAGAAUCGAAGGUUCAGGACCUAUUUCAGUAAUAGAGUUCAACAAAGAAGGCACACAUCUGGCUUAUGGAAAUGCUGAUGGGAUUGUUAGUGUCAUUGAAAUUGGCCAAGCGGAUCUCUCUGAAAUAACACACCAUUGUCAUUCCUGUUCGAAACCCUACCAAGUCUUCCUAAGCCACGAACCAGAGUUUGAUUGUCUGAAGUCCCAAGCAAUAGAGGAGAAAAUCAAUCUUAUACGCUGGCUCCCGAAAUCCGGGCUUUCCCACUUCUUGUUAUCUUCCAAUGAACGUACCAUAAAACUUUGGCAGUUGACGGAACUGCCGACACAGUCGUUUACAAAUCUGAAUUUCCCUGUUGAAUCCGGUUGCCGACGUAAAGUUGUUAUCAGGUCAUUAUCCGAUAUCAAAGUCCCUGUCUGUUUGAAGAAUUAUGGAAAUACAAAUAUACGUGUACAGAAUAAAAAAGUAUUUGCUCGUGCCCACGGUUUUUCAAUAGUCGGUUUGUCACCCUCUGCUGACCGUGAAACUUUCUUCUCUGCUGAUCCACUGAGGAUUAAUAUGUGGAACUUAGAAGUUACUAAUGAGGUGUUCAGUGUCAUUGAUCAUAUGCUUGAUCGGUUGGACGAUCGCUCACAUCUGAUCACUGGAAUUAGUUGUAGCAAUUCUUCUCCAUCAUUAUUUGCAUAUGGCACUAACAGAGGUUCCAUUUUUCUUUGUGAUACACGGUCAAGCUCUCUUUGUGACCACGCUUCUCUUGCUUUUCAUAGUCUUGCUGCAGAUGAAUCAGAUGUGCUUACAAUUCUCACUAAUUCAAUAUCCGAUUUGAAAUUUGGCCAAUGCUCCGAUUACAUUAUAUUUUCCCGUGAUUAUUUGAGCGUUAAAACUUGGGAUUCACGAAUACCAACUCAACCAGUUGAAGUUUAUCCUGUCCAACGUCAUCUAAAAAGGCAUUUAACAGUUUUAUACGAAAGUGAAUUACUUUUUGAUGAUUUCAAAUUAACUAUAUCUUCAAAUGAUCGUUGUAUAAUGACUGGAUCAUAUAAUAAUACUGUGAAAGUAUUUGAUCGACAAAAUCCAAUUGAAGGUUCUUAUAAACUUAUUAUGCAAGAUGAAGAUAUGAAUGCAUUUCAUGAUGCAUUUCGUACAACUGAUGAUAAUACUUCUGUAUUUGUUUCACCUAUAUCAUCAUCAACAUCAUCACCUGACGGUACUGAAUUAACAUGGCCACGAAGGAUACAUGAUGAUUUGGUUGAUAUCACUGAAAACUUUACCAGAUCAUCAUUUCCAGAUAAUAAUAAUAAUAAUAUUAAUGAUAAUACUAGUACUAAUAAUCCCAAUGUUAAUGAAUCCAUAUUCACUGUGGAUUUUGGACGUAAAUGGUUGCAAGUUAGUUGGAAACCUUGGUCUACUGUAGCUGCUGUCAGUCAUACAGAUGGUAUCCACCUUAUUGAAGCAAUAAAUUAACAGAAUAAGUGCAAUUUUUAUACGAUUUCUAUAUUUCUAUAUAUAUAUGUAUAUAUA